AAGCCGCCAAACUACAUUCAGAUUGCAAGCUCAUAAAUGGAGCUUCUGCAAAAAUCUCCGUGGUGGGCCGCGACCCUGCUGACAAUUUCUGUACUUGCUGAUUGUUAUCAGUCUUUUAAUCCUCGUGGUUAUGGUUAUAAAGAUGUCAGUCAGGCCCAAUCCGUCAAACAGAGCGCAGAGCCAACCAGGCCGACAACUGUCCUCGUUAAGUGCCACGAAGAUUCUCUUGAAGUCGUGGUGAAAGCUGACCUUUUUGACAUGGGCAUUCUGGUGGACGGCAGUGAUUUGCACCUAGGUUCCAAUUCAAUGAGGAGCAAAGGCGUUGAAGAUUCUUGCAGUGCGGUUCCUACCCGGGAGGCAGAGUUUAGCAUCUUCGCACAUUUGACCGCAUGUGGAACCGAACUCGCAUUUACGGAGAAGGAGCUGGUUUAUUCCAAUAUUCUCAGCUAUUCACCUGCACCCUCUUCUGGUGUCGUCAGAUUGGAUUCUGCUGUGAUUCCCGUCGAAUGCCAUUAUGGAAAAAGGUAUGCUGUGGACAGUGCAGCCCUGGUGCCCAUCUGGAUCCCCUUUGCCUCAACAUCGACUGCUGAGGACCAUCUGCAAUUCAGCCUCCGCCUCAUCACAAAAGACUGGCCCUCUGAGAGGGGAUCAAAUGCCUACUUCCUAGGUGAAACCAUACACCUGGAGGCAGCUGUUGCCAUGAGCAACCACAUGCCCCUCCGUGUGUAUGUGGACCAUUGUGUGGCUACGGCAACUCCUGAUGCAGACUCAAACCCCAGACACAACUUCAUAGAGUUCUACGGAUGCCUCACUGAUGCCCAGCUGACUGGCUCUAAUUCCCGGUACAUGCCCAGGAUACAGGAUGACAAGCUGCAUAUCAUGCUGGACGCCUUCAGAUUCUACCAGGAUGAUGCCAAUAUGAUCUUCAUCACCUGCCAUCUGAAGGCUGUCCCCACCAUGUUUGCUGUGAACUCAAAGAGCCGAGCGUGCUCCUUCAUUGAGAACCGCUGGAGGUCAGCAGAUGGAAACGACCAGGCCUGUAGAAGCUGUGCAGUCUCCAAACGCUUCGAGGAGCCUACUGCCCCCAUGACUACAACAAACACUACUACUCCCAAACUAAAUCCAUCCAGCUUCCGUGUUCGCCCAGGCCAGCGCAGAGAGCAGCUCCAAAAGGUUGAGCCCAGAUCCAAGAAGCCUUACUCUGGUGUCUGGAGGAGGGGAACGGACACAACGGAAGAGUGGAGCCAGACUACCAUCUUGGGGCCCCUGAUUGUUGUCCCUACUCAGGAAGUAUCACCUUGGAAACUGUCUCCACAACACUCUGCCCGAUAAUGACAUUGGGUGAGAUUGUAGACUCCAGAGGCAGUCCAUCCCAACGAGCUGCAGGAGGCUACAACUGUGCCAGCAGACAUCUCUACUGGCACACCAGUGUUACUUGCAAAAACUAAGACUGGCACUGCUGUGAACACCAUGGAGGUUUUCCAGUCACACAAGAUGGCAUCUCACUGGAUGGAAGGGUGCUGUGCAGGAAGAAAACUGGAACUUGAAUUCACUUGAUGCUAGGAUGGUAAUUGACCAACCCUUUGCUAAAACAACUAACCAAGUUCUAGUUCCUUUUAAAGAAUGAAGUGUGAAUUCACAUUUUUGUGUUAGUCUUUGCUUUUCUGCUGUUCCAUUCCACCUUAACAUGGCCAAUGAAAAAUAAAACUUUUACAUCCAUA